AACGACGGCAUCAACAUCACCAUGAGGACGCAGAACCGACGAUUCUGGGGAGUGACGGGACUCGUGAACACCGACCACAAGAACGCCCGAGAGAUCGACGUGAACCUGUGGGCCAUGACGGACCAGGAGAGCGGGGAGUUCGGGCUCGUCGCCUUCUACAAUGGGUCCACCAAGGAGAUCAUCUGGUCCCAGUCAGAGAAGAUCCACUGGCCCAGUGGGGGUCCGCCGCUGGACAACCCCCCCUGUGUGUUCUCCAAGGACGACCCCUCCUGCAAUGAUGGUCAUCUGCCGGUUCUGGGCAUCGUGGCCGUGGGCUCCGGUUUGGCGCUCAUCAUCUUCGGAAUCUCCAGUUUCCUCAUUUACAGGAAACUGAAGCUGGAGAAGGAGCUGGCUGGGAUGCUGUGGAGGAUUCGCUGGGAGGACCUUCAGUUCGAGAGCCCCAACAAGUACCCCAAGCGAGCCGGCAGUCGACUCACCCUGUCGCAGAGAGGCUCCAGCUACGGCUCCUUGAUAACUGCCCAUGGAAAAUAUCAGCUAUUUGCUAAAACGGGCUAUUUUAAGGGAAACCUGGUGGCCAUCAAGCACGUGAACAAGAAGAGGAUAGAGCUGACCAGACAAGUUCUACUGGAGCUCAAACACAUGAGAGACGUUCAGUUCAACCAUCUAACCAGGUUCAUCGGGGCCUGCAUUGACCCCCCCAACAUCUGCAUCGUCACGGAGUACUGUCCCCGGGGAAGCCUGCAGGACAUUCUGGAGAACGAGAGCAUCAACCUGGACUGGAUGUUCCGCUACUCGCUGAUCAAUGACAUCGUGAAGGGAAUGAACUAUCUCCACAACAGCUACAUCGGCGUCCAUGGGAAUCUGAAGUCGUCUAACUGCGUGGUGGACAGUCGCUUUGUCCUGAAGAUCACAGACUACGGUCUCGCCAGCUUCCGCUCGUCCUGCGAGAACGACGAGUCCCACGCCCUCUACGCAAAGAAGAUGUGGACGGCUCCCGAGCUUCUGAUCUACGACCGCCACCCUCCGACGGGGACGCAGAAGGGCGACGUGUACAGCUUCGGGAUCAUCCUGCAGGAGAUCGCCCUGAGGAACGGGCCCUUCUACGUGGAGGGCAUGGACCUCAGCCCCAAAGAGGUGGUGCAGAAGGUGAGGAACGGGCAGAAGCCGUACUUUCGUCCCACCACGGACAACAAGUGCCACUCGGAGGAGCUGACCAUCCUGAUGGACGGCUGCUGGAACGAGGACCCGGCCGAGAGGCCCGACUUCGGCCACGUCAAGAUCUACAUGGCCAAACUCAACAAGGAGGGCAGCACCAGCAUCCUGAACAACCUGCUGUCCAGGAUGGAGCAGUACGCCAACAACCUGGAGAACCUGGUGGAGGAGCGCACACAAGCUUAUCUAGAGGAGAAGAGGAAGGCCGAGAACCUCCUCUAUCAAAUUUUACCACAUUCCGUGGCGGAGCAGCUGAAGCGGGGGGAGACGGUGCAGGCGGAGGCUUUCGACAGCGUCACCAUUUACUUCAGCGACAUCGUGGGCUUCACGUCCCUGUCUGCAGAGAGCACGCCGCUAGAGGUGGUCACGCUGCUCAACGACCUGUACACCUGCUUCGAUGCCAUCAUCGAUAAUUUCGAUGUAUAUAAGGUGGAGACCAUCGGCGACGCCUACAUGGUGGUGUCCGGGCUGCCGGUGCGGAACGGGAAGCUCCACGCCAGAGAGAUCGCCGGGAUGUCGCUGGCGCUGCUGGAGCAGGUCAAGACCUUCAAGAUCCGCCACCGACCCAACGACCAGCUGAGGCUCCGGAUAGGGAUACACACAGGUCCCGUCUGUGCCGGAGUGGUCGGGUUGAAAAUGCCCAGAUACUGUUUGUUUGGAGACACUGUCAACACAGCGUCUCGGAUGGAGUCCAACGGGGAGGCCUUGAAGAUCCACUUGUCCUCGGCCACCAAAGAAGUUCUGGAUGAGUUCGGCUACUUCGAUCUCCAGUUACGAGGAGACGUGGAAAUGAAGGGGAAAGGCAAAAUGAGAACGUACUGGCUUCUGGGGGAGAAGAAGGACGUGUAUGUAAUCUGAGAGGCGUGACGAUCACAUGACCAUCACCUGAUGAUCACCUGACCAUCACCUGAUGAUCACCUGAUGAUCACCUGACCAUCACCAGACGAUCACCUGAC